AGGGCAUGAGCAGUAGAGAGAGUAGAGCAAACUAAAGUCAGCGGAUUUACUGUACAUGUUAUGAUUAACUAAAACUGCGUUUCCAUGAUGUUGGCGUGCAAACGGAGCUUCACUAGCACUGUGGCGUCUGCUCUGCGACUCCUUCGCUGUAACGAAGUUGCUGUUUCCAGCCAGUACAGGUCUCUGUCCACGCAAACGGACGGAGAGGUCCGCAUCGCGAAGAUACUGAAGGAGAAGUUUCCUCUAGCUUCGUCGCUUAAAGUUGUGGAUAUAUCGGGUGGUUGUGGUGCCAUGUAUGAGAUCCAUAUAGAGUCGACUGAGUUUGAAGGAAAAAGGACUGUUCAGCAACACCAAAUUGUCAAUCAGGCUCUCAAAGAUGAGAUUCAAGGAAUGCAUGGACUGCGAAUUUUCACAGAUGUCCCAAAGCAUUAGAGACGGACUUUCCCUUCUGAUCCACACCUUUCCCCUUUGCUCACUUUGUUUAUUGUGAAUGUACAGUUACAGAGAGCCUGUUAUUCAGGAAAUCAAGACAAAUUGUUUUCUGACAUAUUUUAUAAAACUGAUGAAAGCUGUGAUACGCACAAAAUUACUUGUAAAAUAUCUUGUGUAUCUGUGUAGUUCAGGGUCUUCUUAGCUGAGUUAGUGUAUGAAAGCAGUUCAAGCCAUUAUAUAUAUGAACAGCCUUAUUCUAAGGUGGUGGUCAUCACUGAGUUAGUUGGAUAUGAAUGCGCUUGGCACUGAAAUGUACAUGGACCUUGUAUUUAUGCUAGAUAUGCACUGACAAUCCCAAAUUGCAUUUUGCAAACAAACAUAUAGGCAUUUCUUGCUUGAUUGGAUAUGGAGGCUUUGCUAUUAAAAAAAAGAUUCAAAUUGUU